AUGUCUCGUAGAGACAUUGCGCCUAGUAGUCACCAGGGAAAGAAGAGGGAAACGGCAGCUGGACAUCGGUCAGGGCAGGGAACAGCGCUGCAGGCCUGCCAGCGAGUCACUUUAGCAGAUCUCUUCGAGUCCCUUAGAAAUGUAGUGUGUCCUUCAACUCAGAAGACCCCUGCUAAGUGGAAGAUCCUUGAUCAUGCCAAAGGAUUUCUACUUGAGAAGGAGGCCUACCUCAGUAAAUUACUUGCACUGAAAGGUGUUUUCCUGCAAGAUGAUGGAGGACCAAAGAGUUUGGAAGAGGUGCGAAAGCAGUAUAGGAGACUGUAUUCCAAAUGCUUUUUGCACACCUGUAGACGCAAGCAUAGAGUUCAUGUGCCUGAUGUGGACCAGGGACCAGGCAGCAGUGAGGAAGACUCUGCUGAUGAGGACGUGAAUGUAGCGCUGCAGUCCCAGUCCUCUGGGUUAUCUGCCUACAGCAUCCAGGAGUUUGAGGGAUAUCUCUUUUUCUACAGGCAGACUGUAGAGCUCUUACUACGCAGUGGAAUCCUUUCCCCAGAACAGACGGGCCUGCCUGUGGUGUCAGAGGCCAUCUCAGGCCUGUGGAAUAGCCUGUCUCCAGAGCAAAGGGCUGCAGUCCAGCAGUGCACACUGAAAGAAAGCGCUGUCACUUGGAUAGGACCAGCUAAUAACACCCCCUGCAGCUCACUGGACUCAUCCCAGCUUACCAACUUAAACGCGUCUGGAAGUUCUGCCUUCGAGGAGGACCUUCUUCAGGAUGCCUAUGAUGUGGUGCAGAGAGACAUGGAUGCCACAUGUGCAAACAGCGCUUCACUGGUGCCUCCACUGAAUGGUGACUACGAGAAGCUGAGUGAAAUCUACAAGGACAUUAUGGGCUUCAUCAGGAGCCACAUGUCUGAGGAUCAGAAACUCACACAGGAUAUGUACCUUACCGCUGACUAUGAAGAGCUUUUCCUGAGGUGUUCAGAAAGCUUUGAUGAAGAUUUUUAG